AUGUUCAGUGGGCUCCCGGGUGACCCCGCGGGGACAGGUCACGGGUCUGGUGGUGCACAUGCAGACGCCCCUUCCCGCCGGACCUGUGUCCUGACGGCCCGACGGUGGGCACAUGGGGCUGACACAGCUCUCCCCGCCGCCUCAGUGUGUCCGCUGCCUCCGACCGUGAGUCACGGUGACUUCGUGUGCCACCCGCGGCCUUGUGAGCACUACAACCACGGGACCGUGGUGGAGUUUUACUGCGACCCCGGCUACAGCCUCACCAGUGAUUACAAGUACAUCACAUGCCAGUACGGGGAGUGGUUUCCCUCCUACCAAGUCUACUGCAUCCAGUCAGAGCAAACGUGGCCCAGCAGCCACGAGACCCUCCUGACCACAUGGAAGAUCGUGGCGUUCACGGCGACCAGCGUGUUGCUGGUGCUGGUGCUCGUCAUCCUGGCCAGGAUGUUCCAGACCAAGUUCAAGGCCCACUUUCCCCCCAGGGGGCCUCCGCAGAGCUCCUGCAGUGACCCGGACUUCGUGGUGGUGGACGGCGUGCCUGUCAUGCUUCCGUCCUACGACGAGGCUGUGAGCGGAGGCAUGAGGGCGUCAGGCCCCGGGUACCUGGCCUCCAUGGGCCAGGGCUGCCGCUUGCCCGUGGACGACCAGAGCCCCCCAGCGUACCCCGGCUCAGGGGACACGGACACAGGCCCCGGGGGGUCAGAACCCUGUGACAGCGGCUCAGGCUCUUCCGAGCUGCUCCAGAGUCUGUAUUCGCCUUCCGUGUGUCCGGGGGGCACGAUCCCCGACAGCACUGACAUGGGGGCCCGCACGGCGGGAGAGGCGGCAUCCACCAGCCCGGGCAUCGACAUCGCAGACGAGAUCCCGCUAAUGGAAGGAGAUCCGUGACCAGCAAAGCCGCAAAAAUUCUCCUGCCCCUGCGGGGACGGGAACCGUGCGCCUCAGAGGGAAGCCCCAGAGGGACUGGCCGUGGGGGCGUGGGGGGUUUCUAGCUUACCUACAUGGGGACCGUGACUCGCAUCAUCCAUCCCAGGCUCGACGCUGCGGCGGGCACUCGCGGGGAGCAGGGACGAGGGGGCCUGGGCGGUCCCGGUGAAGGGGUCUGGCGCGUCCCUGCUGCAGAGCGGGGCGGCUCCACACACGUCCCGCUGAGCCCCCCACCCCACAGCUUGUGCUGCGGGCACUGCCUGCCACCUCUGCAAGCAUGUUCCCCACCGAUUCACCCCGUGUCGGCUCCACGCGACACGGCCGCCGUGUGGAAGGCUCCCGGGUGCGUGGGGGCCAUCUCCUUGAUCCGGACACAGUACUGGAUUCGAGAGAGAAGAAAGGAAGGACACGGGCAGACUCUGCUUCCUGGAAGUUCGUCCACAAGUGCAGUUGAUGAGCUCUGAGCCAUCCUUUGGACAAACAUGGUGGUUUUCUGUCUCAUGGGCUGGUGCAUGGAUCGUGCUCCGGGUAAGUCUCGUGUCUCGUGACUUUGUGGAUGGCUGGAUGUGCUCAGACGUGUCUCCUGGCGGACAGAGUUACAAGGUAACGUUCUGUUUGGCGUUUUAAGGUGUCCCUUGACCAUGUGUCUCGAGAGUCGCGAGUCCCCUCCCAUCACCCGUUACGAUAUUGCCCCUGCUCCCAGAAUGCAGCCAUACGUUUAUUUUCCAAAACAGAAAUUGUUUCUGUCAACGUGCUCUUCCUACAAAUAAACUAUGAGGCUGGAUUUUUUUUCUUUCUGUUUUGUCUGCCAAGUGCACGCCCAGACGGCUCUCUGGCUCUCCCCUCCAGCCGCUCCUGCCGCGAGGGCCUCCCCGGGCCCACUGGGUGCUGUUCCUAAGAAAAUGAGUGACAAAAACGUUCCCCGAGUCCUAAAACGUCUCUUUCAAAUACAUGCUGAUCUGUGGAUUUGAUUUCUUUCCUCCUCUGGGCUUUAGGCAAAUAUAAACAAAACUCUGAUCCAUAAAAUUGCUACGUCCAUGCAGCGCGGGAGCUGGGAGCUUGGUCAAAUCCUGUUUUAUCCUGGCACAGAUUAAAAAUUAAAAACAACA